GCUGUUUUUGAGGAGAGGGAGAGCAGAGUACAGCUGGAGUCAACAUGAAACCUCUGAAUGUUGUCCUACUUUAAUUUGCUGCUUUUACAUUGCUCUAUAUGGGCAACUUCUUGAGCACAUCCAAGCGUUUGAGCUGAUUUUGCCCAGUUUCCAAAGUCUCCGGGCUGCUCCUGACAGGUGCGCACAUUGCGCAGAGAGGAUGGGCAGACGUCAGGCGGACAGCAGAGGCGCAAUGAACACCACCGACCGCUCCGAGCUGGGAUGUCUGCAGGACGCAGCAUCCACCCCCGGUAAGGAUGCCGGUGAGCCGUCCCCGAGGCAGGACGACCGAGGAGCCUCCGGUGAGGACAAGCGGCAGAGGAACAUGGAGAGGGAGCCGGAGGGACGGGCACCGACCACCACAGGGCCGAUGGAGGUGAAGAAACACCAGCACAAGCACAACCUGAGGCACCGCUAUGAAGUGAUGGAGACUCUGGGUAAAGGCACCUACGGCAAAGUGAAGAAGGCGGUGGAGAGAGCAAGUCUGAGGACGGUGGCCAUCAAGUCAAUCCGCAAGGAGCGCAUCACUGACGACCUGGACAGAAUUCACAUCCAGAGAGAGAUUGAGAUCACCUCCUCCCUCCGGCACUCUAACAUCAUACGCUUCCACGAGGUGUUUGAGAGUCGGGACAAGAUUGUGAUAGUGAUGGAGUACGCCAGCAGAGGAGAGCUGUACGAUUACAUCCAGGAGAGGCAGAGACUGCCAGAAACAGAAGCCAGAAGCAUCUUCAGACAAAUCACAUCUGCUGUUCACUACUGCCACAAGAACGGUGUUGUUCAUCGAGACCUCAAGCUGGAAAACAUCCUUUUAGAUCAAGAUCUGAAUGUAAAGCUCGCUGACUUUGGCCUCUCCAAUCAUUUCCGAAGGGGCUCUCUGCUACAGACCUACUGUGGAAGUCCACUUUACGCCUCCCCAGAGAUAGUGAAAGGACUGCCCUACCAAGGCCCAGAGGUUGACUGUUGGGCACUGGGAGUGUUGCUGUACGCCCUGGUGUACAGCAGCAUGCCAUUUGAUGGAGCAAGUCACAAAAUACUCACAGAACAGAUCGUCCAAGGUCGCUACCGCCGACCAAACCCUCCCUCAGACGCCUGUGCUCUUAUCGACUGGUUGCUGGCAGUACGUGUGGAAGAGCGAGCCACAAUUGAGGAUGUGGCCAGCCACUGGUGGGUGAACUGGGGUUAUGAGGAGAGUGUGUGUGACUGUCCUUCAUCUCCACACCAAGACUGCCCCUCUCCACUGCUGGCUCGCUACAUCGACUGGCAGAAUCGGGUCGCUGCUGCAAGCAACAUGGUGGUUGACCUAGAGUGCACCUCAUCUGAGUCCUCUUGUCCACCUCAGCUUUCUCCACAUCCAUUUUACUUCAGCUUACCCCUGAAGGGGGAGCGUGGAGGAGGAGGAGGAGGAGGAGGAGGAAGGAUACGUGGAGGAAUUUCAAGCCUCAGGAAGUCACGCAAGGAGAAUGCAAUUCCCCAGACUACACUAGGAGCUUGUGGAGGUGUUUGUGCAGCAGCUACUUCCUCCUCUGCAGCAUCCUCAACUUCCACUAUUGAAAGGAAAAAACCAAAGGGUAUUCUGAAACCUCAGAGGAGUUUUGAUUCAGUCUUUCAUAAUCCUUCUAUAGAAAACACCCCAUCUCAGCCUUCAAACCCCCACCCUUAUCGGACACAUGCACAUGCUGACAUCUUGUCCACUAGUUUACCCCCACCCUCCACAUUCAGUCAGCCCUCGUCGAAAAUGCCCAAGAAGGGGAUCCUAAAGAACCUGUAUGGAGGCGAGUCAGAUUAUAGCUCUUCUUCAGAGAGAAGAGGCUCUGGAGCAGGUUUAAAAGAAAGUGAUGCAGGUGAUUUUCGCUCCUACAAACAGGUCUCUUCCCUCCCUGCGUCAGAAGAUAGCCCCACCAUGCGAACAGAGGCAGUUAGAAGAAGAAAAGGAAUUCUUAAACGUAAUGGCAAGUUCUCUCGCAGUCUGGAUCUUCCCGAUGACCACCAUUCAUCGUUCCCUUCAGCGCCUACAAUAUUCCCUGAUACUCUGCAGCACCUCCUUCAAGCUACAGGAGUUAGCGAGGGUGGCCGGAGCCACAGCCACAGCCGCCCUUCCAGUGUUGUGAGCGAAGACAGCCUCUUCUCCUCUGAUUCCUUCGACAUACUGGACCUAAGCGCCCAGUCACGUCGCAAGAUUUUCUCCCGGGGCUUGCAGCACAGUGGCUGUAGCUCUGAGGAUGACCUGGAGCAGCUGAGACCUGAGACAGACUGAGGUGAACAAGACAGAGAUGAACAGAUGGAGAUGCUGACAUAAGAUGAAUGAAUGAUGAAAAUAUUAUAGUGAUGGAAAAUGGUCAUAUUAGGGUUAAUAUACAGUGGAGUGCAUUCUUAGGCCACCUCUAGGUUUGUUGUUUAUGCAGUGCUGAAAUGAGCAUACUUUUCUUUUCUCAUUCUCUUUUCUUCAGAUACAACAAGAAAAUACAGGGAAUACAUGCACAGUCUUCAAAGACACAAGAAAAACUGAACUAAAUGGAUUCUAAAGGUUAAAGUCACUCUUAGUGUGACCCCUGACCCCAUGACAAGAACAGCACAAGCAGUUAGAAACAUCUGACAUGUUAAAUAAAACAUCAAAAUAUGCAAUAAAUCUCAUAUUGUCUGAACAAAAGGGUUAAAUACACAUAAAGUGCAAAGGGAGAUCCCACUAAAUACAACCCCUUUGGUUGGUUAGAAGCCAUUUUUCCCCUGAUACUUACCCUAACCCUAGCCCUGAGAAAUGUAUGUAUGGUCAUUUUAUAACUUUACUGAAAAACAAACCGAAUGUUGGCCUAGGACUUCUGCACAGUACUGUAUGUAAACCAUCUUUUUAUGAGCAGGUAGAGAAGCCUGUUUUCUGAGAUUAAAGUCAACAAAGUACGGAUGUUUCCUGUGAUUACAGUCAUAAUUUUGUGAGAAAAGUCACUGAAGUAGUAGAGCAAUGCUUGUUGUUAAACUGUUGAAUCUCAGAGAAUAUCCAUGUUGGUUCAUGAAUUUACUUUUGCCUGAAUUGGCCCCGCUGAGAAAUAAAAAACUGAGCUUAAUGUGUUUAGGUCACUUUUCUGUGAUAACCAGUGCCUCUGAAUGAACUUCAGAAAAGCUACACCUGCACAUGGACUCUCCUGAGCAUUGUAUUCUCAACAUAAAGUACCAUUUCCCAGUAUUUUCAUGUGUUUGGAGGAUAAAUUAAACUGUCAUGUAUCUGAAUUCUUGUCGUGAGCCAAUAGAGAGUGACUGGAUCCUAAAUGGGCUCUAGUUUGUUUAAUAGUAGAGAUGGCAUAACAGACAGUAAUGAAUUUAAUCAAAUCUACACAACAUGUGAUUAAGAUGACCAUUGAAAAUCUAGGAGCAUACAUAAACUAAACAUUUUUGGAACUAACAAGUGCGAACUCAGAUUCACAAAUUGAGGACACUUUAUUGUGAGGAUAAAUUCUGCUAAACUUUUGUGAUAUUUUACCAUGUCAUUGAAUAUAUUUGUACUUCACAGUAAUACACUGUGCACAAUUUGCUCCUUUGCACCAACGGACACAGUGUGAACAACAGAUGGAUCACUUUGCUUUUUUUAUCGUGACACCACAUUCUGCUGUGGGCAUAAAUACAGAUGUAUGCAGUUUUAAAUCUGUGAAUUUCAUACUGUGAGACAAAUUCUGUUUGUUUUGUUCUGUUUUUUUGUUUUUUUUUUAAACUGUGUUACUUUUUCUUUGGAAAAGUAAAUAAAUUAUGUGAAUCUAAA